UACCCAGUCAAUUAUCCAUUUGUUACCAUUAUCCAAAAGCAGCUCCUCCGUACGAAUCGGUCGGAAUAAAUCAAAGCGAUUAAUGAGUCGCAACAAAUAAAAAUCUAUAAAAUGGCUGCAAUGGACACAACAAUCGACUGGCAAACAUCUUGCCAUGAACUGAAAGACCGAGGUGAACAUUUGCUAAAAAGUGGCAAAUGGGCCGAUUGCCAUUUCUUGGUCGGAGCCGAACCGAAUCAAAUCAUGCUGCCCGCACACAAACUCAUCAUGUCAAUGGCAUCACCCGUUUUCGAUGCUAUGUUCAAUGGCGGACUUCCUGAAAAGAAUGAUCCAAUCGAAAUAUUGGAUGUGCAGCCUGAGGCAUUCAAAUCAUUGAUGGAGUACAUUUACACCGACAAGAUCAGCAUCAACAGCGUGGAUAGAGCGUUCGAUCUGUGUUAUGUGGCGAAGAAGUAUAUGAUUCCGUACGUGGUCGAAGUGUGUACGAAAUUUUUGUGGUCGGAUUUAUGUCCGAAAAAUGUUUGCCGAGCAUUCGAAUUCGCCAAUUUAUUCGAAGAGCCUCGUUUAGCUGAACGAUGCCUACAGAUUAUUUGCUCUAAAACGAUGGACAUUCUGUCUGAUACCAGCUUCGAGGACAUCGAACUAUCAACAUUGUUGACCAUUCUAGACCAAGAAUACUUGCACAUCGAAUCUGAAUUGGACUUAUUCAACGCAAUGGCGCACUAUGCCGACAAACAUGACUACCGGAAACCAAUUACCAAAGAAGAAGAAGAACAACUCAAUAAUGCUGGUGAAGGUACUUCGACCAGCCAACAACAGGAUGAAAUGCGUAACAAUGUCGACGACCGGCAUACAACAUUUCGAGAAGCAAUUCGGAAAAUUCGUUUUUUGACUCUCACUCCCAAACAGUUUGCCGAAAAUGUUGUCCGAACAAAUAUCCUAAAUCAAUCAGAGGCAUUCGCCAUUCUAAUGAACAUAUCCAGUCCAACACAUGACAUUUGUCCGAUGCCCGACGGAUUUAGUUUAAGCACAAAGCCGAGAACGUACGAACCGUGUUUGGCGGUCGUACCUCCGCAGGACGUCGUUCGUGUGCAGCCGUUUUACGGCUUCAGCGAAGAGCAAAUUGCAUUAACACAAAAUGGACUGCGGGAGCCGACCUCAUCACGUAGUGCGUUGGAAGCGUCACGAAACGUAAUGGAAACCCGAAAAUUUUACGCCACACGAACGAUUCGCCAGCACGAAUCAAUUGAUUAUUUCAACACGAGCGUGUCGGACUGCUCUCUAACAUUUAUGGUCGACCGAAGCAUAUGCAUCACGGGUAUCCAAGUACCUACUCAGGUACUGGGCGAUCAAAUCUGUCAUGCUGGACUGAUACCAGAUAGAUAUUCCGAACUACUGUACGCUCAUCUGCUCGAUUCACAAGGAUCCCGGCUAACGUAUACACAUUCCUCUUCGCGCGUCCGCUUCGAUUCGUUGCUGGAAAUUUCGUUCGAUCGACCCAUUUACAUUAUACGGAACAAGGUCUACAAAAUCGGUGUGGCAUUCAACAAAUCCGGCUGGUAUCCGAUGUGCACUUGUGUGCCCUUGAUUACAUGCGAAAAUGUAUGCUUCACAUUCAAUGUUGGUUCACCGAAUGAAUCGGUGCGGGAUGGUUUGAUUCGGGCGAUUGUAUUCCAGUUGACGCGCGUGAAUUGAUAUUGAUAUGUGACUGGGACGUUCAAACAUGGAUUUUAAUGUUGAAAAUAUACAAUUAUGAAAUAA